CUGAUAUGAGCAAGCAGAAGAAUGGAAACCCUGGUUGGAUAAAGACAUGAGGAGAACAAGUCAACCAGCUGUUCUCGUCUAAAGGAACCAAAUGUCUGUCUACUUAUUCAGCAUUAGCAAGACAAUUCUGCCAUGUUCAUCAAAUGCCAUAAAUCAUAAUCAUGACAUCUGGAGAGAAAUUUACCUGGUUUCGGUGGCUAUGCACAGUUCUUGGACUCCUUUUUUAUUUAGGAGACACUGGAUCAGACUUCAUGUUAUCUGUGCAGUACUUCAGAAGUGGACAUCUCAUCUGGGCCAUACUGACUCUUGUGUUUGUUCUGGUUGGAUCUAUAUGCAUACAGGCAUUCAGCUAUGCAUGGUUCAAAGAUGACAAGAAAAAUUAUGAAGAAGAUGACAUGGGUCUGUCCACUUGCCAUCUGAUUGGGAUACAUGUACUGCAGAUAGGCAUUUUUACAAGGUAUCUCCAUCUCCUGAAGAAGAGUUUUAAAGCCCUGCGUUCGGGACAGGAGGAGCAGUCACAGCUUAUCGGUCUUGCUACCGAUCUUAGCAUGCUCCGCAUGUUUGAGACGUUCCUGGAGAGCAUUCCUCAACUCAUUCUGCAGGCUUAUAUCAUACUGGAGCACAACCAUCGCUCUAAUCUGCAAUACAUCAGCAUGGCCCUGUCUUUUCUCACCAUAGCCUGGGCCACGGUAGACUAUCGUCGCUGUUUACGGCAAUCUCUAACUCACCUUAACAACAUGCCUUCUGGAAUCCCAACAGUCGUAUAUCUGUCCUACAAAAUCUUUACCAUAACCCCUCGAAUCCUCAGCCUCACGCUCUUCAUCAUGCUCUCCACCUUCAGUACUGUAACAAUGGCCUGCAUAUGGCUGUUGGGAACCAUCUGGGCAUUCUUGGAGGAGACCAGCUUCUGCACUUCACGAGCCCUUGAACAUCUUUAUCGAGCCGUUGUUGGAGUUAUUCUCAUGUUCACCUUCUUUAACAUUAAAGGAGAGAACACCAGAGUUCACAUGACAAUGUAUUACUUUUUAAAUGUGUGUCACAACCUUGCUGCACCCGUUUUGUUGUUUCUGCUCAAACCGGAAUCUGAACGGACUGACUACUUCCUGCCAAUUAUAUUUUUUAUAUUAGUGUCAAAUUUAAUGGGCCUGGGUUUUCUGGGACUCUAUUACAGCCUCCUGCACCCUCGUGGACCUGGCAGAGAGGACAUGGAAGUAGAUGGAAUGGACGAAAUGGAUGGAAUGGAACAUGAGCCAAAAACAACACGUUUACAGCGUUUUUUGCAAAUAUAG